AUGUUCGAACAAGAUGGUAUCUCCGAGAUGUGUUCGUGUUCGGGUGGGUUCUGGAGCGAGCAGCAGAAGUUCGCAGCAAGGGUGCAGCGGAGUGUAAGUGAAUCGACUGCUUCACUUCACUUCUCGCCUCAUACACAGGAUCACAGUGCCAUCUGGCGCUGCGGAGAAAGCAUUGUGGCCAGACUCGAUGAAGCACGUCGUGAAGGCGUCGUCAAGCGCUGCUAUUGUCGUGGGAAUGCCGCUCAGUCCAACAUCGCUGCCCGUGGUCCACCGUGCAUCCAUCGCUGCCCAUCCUCGUCCACCGCCUGUAUCCAUCAUGAGCUUGAGCUACCUCUCCCGCUAGCCAGCCUCGAAAAGCCGCCCAGGGAACACCACGAGAAGGUGGGAGUAGGAUUUCGUUCCCCGGCCUCGCAAGGCAUCACAAGCUUGACCCGCCCAAAAGGUCCAACAGUGCCCUACUCCAAUCUCGCCGCCAUGUCUAAGGUGUUUCGCGUUAUGGAGAUUUGUGAUGCUUCACCAGCUCUGACUUCCACAAGUCCAACAGUGCCCCACGCCAUUCUCGUCUCGCUGCCUCUGGAGUUUCGCUUAUGGCGUUGCGCCCUGAAAGGUCACCCCAACAGGAUUUUGUUCACACGAGCUCUGGCUCCACAAGCCCGACAGUGCUGCCGAGAACUGCUUGAGGAUUUCUCGUCGCCGAAUCAAGAUUGUCGUAAGGGUAGUCGGAAGGUUGUUGGACAUGGCGGGCCAAGCAUCCUCCUCAUCUCCGCUGCAUACCGUGCCCCGUCAUCAGCGGCUGCCGCUUCUCUGGUGAGCAUUCGCCUCUGCCACAUCACGCUUGACAAUUCCAUUGACGAGCUGAGGAUGGUUCACUUGGGCCAGCCCCCUCCAGAAGGGUGUCAAAAAGACCGGCGGCCCUCCGAUCGCCACCCUGAUCUCAUCCACCGCAUCACGGCAGUCAGACCACACAGUGACUUGGGCAUCGACGAAUGCGUCAGAGGCUCCGUGGGCGCUGUGCAAUGCCACCAAGCACGCCAAAGCCUCCUGAAUCCCUCGGAGCUCGACGGCGUCCAACUGGUCGGUCUGGAGUCACCGCAUUGUGAAAUGCGAAUGCACACCCGGCCUGACCACCUUCUACCUCAGCUCGCUCGCCUGGAUUGGGUCGUAUUGACCCGUCAGUCCAUACCUCGAAGUAUGGCCGAGGCUGACGGGGUGAUUAUAUGUUGGUCUCUCACAUUCGCCGUUGCUUCGCCGCCGGUCGACCAAGAAUAUCCACUCGUGAGUGACGCCGCCUCACCCCGGCAACAUCAUGCAGGAGCCCAACGGUCUUGCUUCACUUCACCGUCCUUCCUACAUCAAUGUUUCCCCUUCAACCAGGAGACCAUUCCAUCGCCUGGACGAGAUCAAUUGCCAGCGAAAGCGUUGAGUGGCUUUAGUUUACAGAUUCGUAGCUGCAACACCACCAAACCCGCCUCUCUCACUUCAUCGAAGCCUUACAAUGGUACUUGCACGCCCUCACAGACGAUCGCCGCACGCUCCUGUAGGCUGGAGCUGGAAUGGAGCGAUGGAACGAUGAGGUACGAUCAAACCUGGCCCGUCAAUAUCCAACGCAGCCGCGCAACCGUUUCCAUCGCAGACAUCACAACCCUCCCUCCCUCCCUCCAGCAUCCGUCCCUCCAACAUCUCUCCCCUCUGAAAGCUCGCUUCACAAGUCGCACACAACGCUACCGAGCGCCCAUCAUCAGCAUGAGCCGCGACCAGCGGUACCGCCCACCAGAGGGCGAAUACGGUCCGGCUACCCACUCCCAAUAUGCAUAUAACGAGCACAAGCUAUGGCGGUGCUCUGAAAGAGAACGCUCACUAUUGGCAGCAUUUUACCAGCGUUCAAUGCUGGAGACUCUCAGUUCACGAGACAAAGAAGUCAGGAUGGUGAUAUUCGCCGGAAUCGGUCAUCAUACAAAGGCAGUUUGGGUUUACUCCGGCGAAUCUGCAAAAUUCCUACUUCCAAAGAUUUGCCAGCAGACUUCCCAGCCCAUAGCACGCAUACACACCAUGAACGCCGACGGCAUCUUCACCGACUGGGAAUCAGAAGAAGACGACGACAACUCCUGUCCCAUCUGCGCCGAAGACUUGACCGGAAAAGACAACACCUUCAUCCUCGAAUCCCGCUACUGCAACGACUGCGCAAAACCGUACCUCACCAAAAAAAUCCAAGACGCGAUCAAAAACGAAAUCUACUAUCCCCUCAGCGAGGGACGUGAUCCGCUCUACAUCGAAGACUUUCGUGCCUUGAUCGACGACAACGAUCUCUACCAGUUGUAUUAUGAGCGCGCGGAAGACUACGCCGUCCCGGUGUCGGAGAGGAGGUAUUGUAAACAUAGGAUUCGCGUCGGGGAUCGGCCGCGGAAUCCUUAUGCGGAUGAGAAUCCGAAGACUUGGAUUCCGCCGGUGGCGCUCGGGGUGGAGACGGAGCCUUGUGGGCAUCAGCUUCGAGGGAUGGAGGAUGAGGAGAUUCCGUCUUGUUCUUGUUCUUCGUGCGCGGGUUUGAGCUGUUUGAAUUGCUUUGAGCCGACUUAUGGGGUUCGUGUACCGCAUCGUUGUCUUUUGAUGGAAGUGGAAGAAGAAGAAGCACAAGCUGAAAUCGAUGGUUUGGAAGGUCAGGUGCGUGGGAAGGACUACCAGCUCUGUCCAGAAGCGGAUUGUCGAGUCCCGGUAUAUCUCGGAGAGGCGUGCAACCAUAUGGUCUGCCCGAGACCCGUGUGUCGGACAGACUUCUGCUUCGUGUGCGGAGAGCAAGUUUUGAGCAUGGCAGAGCAGCACUGGGGAGAUCGCGAGGGCCAGUGUCCCUGGUACGGUCAACCUCCAGGCCCGCGACGGAGACGCCUAGUUCGACGAGAGUUGCAGCCGUGGGAGAAUCCUCGACUCGUUUUCAUAGAGGAGGAGCAGCCCGAACCGGGUCCGGAGAGGACCGGGUAUUUCCCGGAAAGAUUCGAACGAGGGGAUCGGUUCCUGCGGUUCCCAAACAUCCCUCCACCGGACCCCAGAGCGCCGUGGAUUGUUCCUGCCAUCAGCACGAUGCGAGCGGCGGGAUUCGGGGAUGUUUUGGGGAUUUCUGAUGCCAGAUUACUCGAGGAGACGAUGGGGUCGCGGCCCAGAAAACGCUAUCGCAAUCGAGGCCGUGAUAUUCAACGUCUCCAAGCCAUGCUGGCCGUUUGCCUCAUGCGAUCGCUCAUCUCAAACGAAGAAGUGAUCGCCAUGGUGGAUCAACUGCGCAAAGAAGGUCCUUCACCGCUGUUCAUCUGGAACCUCAACGCCCAAGGAGUCAUUGAAGAAAUGAACAAAGGCCAACCAUGGGAUGAAGAAGAGAAAAUACAAGAUCCCAGGAACUUGGAAAUUCUCUUGAGUCGUGGGAUGGAGUUGGGGAUGUGGGAUCAGCUGCGUGCGGAUGAGAUUUUCGAGGCGAAUUACAUGCGCCUUGCGCGACGGUUUGUGGUUCAGACCUUUCGCCGGGGCCCUCAGAGUCGGGUGGUGGAAUGGCCGUUGCCCACCGACGACUUUCCGCUCCGAGUUGGGGAUUGUGAGCCUCCGAGGUGGUUUUUUGAUUUGGAAAAUCAGGAAAGGCGGAUGGUUCAGCUGAAUUCGUGGUUGGAAGAUGCGGUUUUCUGGACAUGUCGUCUCGUGUGGUUGGAGGUCGGUCCAUCUGCUAGAGCUUGGGGGUCUGAAGAGUGA